CAUUGAUUGAGACCAUGCCAGAAAUUAUAACUGUAGAAGGAAACAACAGUGUACUUACAUGUGUUGCUUCUAGUAAACCAGUAUCUACAUUCAAAUGGUAUAGAGAAGGACAAAGUGGAAUUCUUCAUCAGGGUACAGGAACUCUCGGCAGUAACAAGUUGUCAUAUCAAAUGAAUAACGUUAGGCGAAAUGAUGCUGCAACAUAUAGAUGUAAUGCAAACAAUGGAAUUGAAACAGCCGAUAAUAAAAAUGUUCAUCUAACAGUUUAUUAUCCCCCAGAUGUCACAGCAGUUGCAAUGAAUACCACUGUCAAAGCUACAGCUGCCUUGAUAACGUGUAGUGCUAGAGGGAUGCCAAACAAUAACUAUAAGUAUGGUAAAUGGAUACAGACCUGGUCUGGAAGUAAUGUUCUUGUAUCAGAGAAACCCGGCAACGAGAAACUGGAGUUAAAGAACUUAACAUAUGAGCACUCUGGAGUUUAUACUUGCUCUGCAAGUAAUGGAAUUAAAGUCUUUUCUACAAACAAGGAAUUCAUGAAAGGAUCCGUUCAGUUGGUAGUGAAGUCAUUCCCCAUAAUAACAAACGCUACAGAGAAAAUUCCAGCCAAAUUAAAAGAAAAUGCUACUUUAGAUGUUUACUACUACUCAAAUGUAGCAGAGUCAGAUGUGAAAAUCUACAGAAAAUUUAAUGAAUACAGACAUGAAGGAGUUAUCUACAGUGUGUCCAAAACUCAUGUAGAAGUAAAUUUACCCGUGUUUACUCGUAUCAUUAGAACUGGUGGAACUAGAGCUCAAAUCUUAAUUCAGAUACUGUCGAUAGAGGACUUAGGAGCUUAUGAUGUUGUUGUUGCAAAUGAAAUAGAUUCAAGCACACGAUCUUUUGAAAUAGUUCCAAAAGGUCCUCCUAUCAAGCCAUAUAAUGUCACAUUAGAAAGUAUUCAGUAUAACACUGCACAUUUGUCCUGGAUACGGGGAUACCAUGGAGGGCUUGCACAGACAUUUGUCAUACAGCUUAGUGCUGACCUAAAUAUAUGGAGAAAUAUUACAGUCAAUGGCGGAAUAAAUGAGAGUUUAGAACCGAUAUCUGAAGUUCUACGGGAUCUUCGUGAUUCAACAACGUACUUUGUUCGAAUGUAUGCUUUUAAUAAUGAAGGAAGUAGUCCAUUUACAGAAUUCCUUAACUUUACUACACCUUCACACACAGGAAACGAAGACCAUUCUGAAAACCAAGUGGCUAUAACAUCAAGUAUAGUAGGAGGCGUAAGUGCUGUUUUUGUGGUUAUAGGAACUGUCGUUAUUGUUAUUAUUGCAAGAAGAAAAUUUAUCGCAAAAGAAACCCGCAGGUCAAGAACACAAAAGGCAGUAAGUUCCGUUGAGAGAAAUCAAAAGCAGUCACAACCUCAAACAGGAAUGGGACUGAAUGACCUAGAUUCUAUGCCGAAUAUGUAUGAACAGCUACACAAUACUGUAGAAAUGGAAAAUAAGAAUGUUUAUGAUCGUCUGAAAGUUGACUCCGAUGUCACAGAUGAUAGGACCCAGUAUGAAUCCCUUCAACAGGCAGUUGAUCAACUUUCUACAUACACAACACUUACAGCAGAAACACUGAACACAAACGAUGACAAGACAUACGAAAAUCUGAGACUGAAGCCAGCGAUUUGACAAACGGAUCCAAGUAUUUAUACCAAAUAACGAUUUUAUACUUUUGCGGUUUUGUUCACGUAUGGUUUUGCAAUUCAGCGGUUCAUCCAGAUAGAAUAGUUUAAAUAGGACAGAUUAUGAAUUUAUGAAAAUGAAAAGACCAUCACAAUACUAUACCAAUUAUCAGUAUGUUUGCAAGUGGAUCUGAUUUAUUCAAAAGUAAAAGCAAUUGUUACUGUAAUCUGAAGAGAUGCUAUUGAAACAUCAUUACGGUGUACAUAAUAUUAUAUCAUGUUUUAUACCAGACUUUCAUGAUAAACACGUGUAAAGGUGCUUUACGUUCAAACGCAGCCACUCAGGGCGCAAAACUCAUUCUAUACCAGUACAGACAAAGAACGAUGUGAUAGAAGGACAGUGUGGUAUAAUGGUUUAAAGAAUCCAUUAUACCAAAUACUUCUUAGGCAUUCUUUUCAAAUAGUUUUUCGGUCUAUAAUAAGUCAUGUACUUUAAGAAUAUAUUUCGCAUUCCUUUUCACACUUAGCUUUACGGUCUAGAAAUUAGUCAUGUGCAUUAAAUGACAGGUUACAUUAUAUCGCCCAGUUAAUGCAUUGUCCAGCAAUGCAUGUUUCAAAAUUACUAAUUGUUUUGACAACUGACUAACUGGAUAAAUGACAGGGAAAUUAUAAACACCCGGUCUUUUGAUCACGCCGCAUGACUCAAGUCACGAAUAAUUUCUUUCAUAAGCAGAAGUUUUGAGACACAACUUCAGUAUCAUUCGGGUACUCAGUUAGAUGCGUAUGUUCGAUACACGCAAAAUGAAUAAGUUAGGUUAGGGCCGAGGCAAUUAACGAUGAAGUAUUAAUGUUAAAGUUUAGAGAUUAUUUGAAAUAACAGAGUGUAUGUUAGAGAAUUAUGAAGAAAGACAGUGAUGUAUAUAUUAUCUUAAAACUUAGAACAAUAUUAAA